AGUGCUCAGUGUGUCGUCGCUCGCCCACCACCCAGUGUGCUGCUCGCCCUGUGUACCGAUUUCUACUUUCUAAUUGUUGUAUGUCAGUAUAUAUACUAUGGUUCUCAUCGUUACUAUAAAUACCACCGAAAGAGGCAUGGCAGGUGAAGUUUAAUGUCUGGGAGAAAAAGCGUGUUAACCUUAGGAAGAUGGCCCAAAUUAGGCUUCUGAUCUUCCCUAGGAUGCAACCCACAACGGUUAACUAACACGGAGUUAGUUAACUGCUAGAUAGGACCGCCUGUACUGUGUGGCGGGUAACACCAGCUUGCCGCAAGACAGGCUUCAAAAUGGGACUUUACAGUUUGUCGAAAUCUUCAUCAUUUAACGUGUCUUCGAGGAUAUCUGUCUCGCUGCGAGAACCUUAUCAGUGCUCCAUCUGUUUUCGUCUCUUUGCCAGGUACUCUCAGAUAGAAAAGCAUUCUCUAAUUCACACUAGAAAGAAACCAUUCAAGUGUACAAAGUGUUUCAUGGACUUGCCAACAGAACCUGCAUUAAUGAGACACAUAAAAAGUGUUCAUUUAAAGAAAAAGCCGAGAUGGUGUUUGGAAUGUGAUAAGAGUUCGAAGCCUAUCCAUACAACUCGUCACGAGGCGGAAUACAUUCCCAAGCCGUACCAAUGUGCAGUUUGUCUACAAGACUUUGCACUCAAAAUUGAUGCAGCUCAACAUAUAAAGAAUCACACCACGGAUGUACCAUACCAGUGUCCUAUAUGCCAGUUGAUGUACAAAACCAAAGCUGCUCUAUCAAGGCACAAGGAACAACAUGUGAAUGAUAACUUUUCAACUACUAGGAUUUCCCUCAUGAAUGUUACUUAAAAGAGUUAAAUAGAACUCGUUGUCUCGGUAUUUUAGAAACAUUGGAACAUGCAGGAAUCCAGAUAGGCAGUUAUAGCCAAUGUUCAGAGAAGGAUGUUAAUAUAAAGCUAUUAGAUUAUUUAAGUAUGGAAUGUCUUAAACAGACACUCAUUAUUGUUUCUAAAGAUUUAUAAUUGUAAAUAGACUACUAGUGUUAAACAUUAGUGUUUUUGGUGAUGGUAAUCGCUGCGUUUUUCAAAUAAACUUACAAUGAAGAGUUCUAAUGAAGUUUACAAAAUUUUCGGUUAAUUAUUUGAACACGUCUUGAUUUUUAAUGUCUGCUUAAGAUAUUUUGGUAACAUUAAAAGGGAUUCUUUAAUGUUCUUCAUCGUUAAAAUAGUAGCUUAAGUAACUACAACUCGCAGUGUCAAAACGUUCCAUACAGUUGCAAAUAUUUGAUGAUAAUUUAAAUUAAUAAAAGUGAU